CCUGUACUAUUCUAUUCGUGUCUCUGUCCUUGUCCUAUCUCCCUGCCUCUUCUAAACAGAGCUACAAUAUGAUUUCCUUUGUUACCCGUCCAUGGCGAUUACAUGUAGGACUGCCGUAGAUGUCGAUUUUGACUUUGGGGGAACUGCUUGAUGUAUGCGGUAGCUCGAUCGAGUUGUUAUCGAUAAGCCAAGAGCCAUUUCGUAUCAAAUUUUCAUCGAUACCCCUCUUCGACUCAAUCCGGUCUACAAGCGCGUCUGCUGCAUAUUUAUUCUAGGAGAAACAGACUACUCUCUUCCGCGCUCAUGGCGUCUACGACAGACUCGGCACCUGCGCCCUGCAAGGUUGUGCUGGCAAAGAACGUUGCCAAUCGCCUGCUCGCAGAGGUUGAUGAAGGCGUCAAGACUCUCGAGAAGCCCCCUCAUCUCGUGGGGUUUCUAGCGAACAACGACCCUGCGGCGCUCAUGUACGCCCAGUGGACGGACAAGACUUGUCAAGAAAAUGGAUUCCGCUAUUCCCUACGUCAAAUCGAGCGGGACGACAUUGAAGAAGCUAUCCUCGCCGCCAACGCUGACCCUGAAGUCGACGGCAUCAUCGUAUACUACCCCAUUUUCAACAACCGUCAAGACCAAUAUCUGCAGCAGAUCGUGGACGUAUCAAAGGAUGUCGAGGGCCUUAGUCACCGUUACAUCUUCAAUAUGUAUCAAAACGUGCGUUUCCUAGACCCGGCAACCAAACGCCAGAAGUCCAUCCUUCCCUGCACGCCACUCGCCGUGGUCAAGAUCCUGGAAUACCUCAAUAUCUACAACACCAUUCUUCCCCACGGCAACCGCCUCUUUGGUCACACUAUCUGCGUCGUCAACCGCUCCGAGGUGGUCGGCAGACCGCUCGCCGCGCUGCUGGCCAACGACGGUGCAUGCGUGUACAGCGUGGACAUCACCGGCGUGCAGAAGUUCACUCGUGGCGAGGGCCUCAACAAACGCACACAUGAAGUCCACGAUAUGGAGGGCUGGACCAUCAAGGACGCGGCACCUCUCUGCGAUGUCGUCAUCACCGGUGUCCCAGGCGAGUCGUACAAGUUUGACACCAGCCUCUUGAGAGAGGGCGCCGUCUGUGUCAACUUUUCCAGCGAAAAGAACUUUGGUCCCGAGGUGAAGCAGAAGGCUUCGAUCUUUGUCCCAUCGAUUGGCAAGGUUACAAUCGUGGUCCUGCAGAGGAACCUUCUGAGGCUCAUUCAAAACAAGCGUCUGGACGACGUCAAGCCUGCAGCAGCCACUGAACGACCGGGAACUUUAGAAGCCGAUUCGUAAAUCUUAUUUGCCAUCUUGAAAAAGAAAACAAAAUAGAAAACAUACUCGAUACUGAUCUAUUAACAAGAUGUUUACGACUUUAAAAUUUACCCCAGUUACGCCCUUCUUCAUACUACUCAUUCCUAUAUGGAUCUAGAAUAUAUAUAUAAAUAAAAGCGGUUCUGGU